UACAGAGAGAAAACGAAAACAAAAGCACAGAAACAGAAAGAGUGACACAGAAGGAGAAAGAGACAGAGAGCGAAAACCAAGAGAAAAUUUAAAAAAAAAAAAUUGAAUGCAUUUUCAAUUCCUAUGAUUGCUACUCCAAUUUCAAUUCCUGGGAUUUGAUCUCUUGCCUCUUUCAAAUUCUCUCAUUUCCUCUGCAUCCCUUCACGGGGAUCACAUGCAGAGGAUCAUACUCACAGGCCAUUUCUUUAUUUCUUGAAUCCAUAUAUUUACGUCAUAUACAUUCACAUAUAUAUAUAUAGUUACACACUAUCUUGUACGCAACUGGGAAUUGGGUUUCUUGAGAUUUGGAGAUUUUUUUUUUUUUUUUAUAGAGAUGGAUGUUUCCCAAGAUAAAGAAAUAAUGGAAGGGUGGUUGUAUCUUAUUCGUUAUAAUCGGAUUGGGUUACAGUACUCUAGGAAACGCUACUUUGUUCUUGAAGAUCACGUUCUUAAGAGCUUCAAGGCUAUACCUGCUUCUAAAGAUGAGGAUCCUGUUAGAAGUGCAAUUGUUGAUUCCUGCAUUCGGGUCACAGAUAAUGGGAGAGAGAGCAUUCAUAGAAAAGUGUUCUUCAUAUUUACACUUUAUAAUACGUCUAAUCACAGUGAUCAACUUAAGUUGGGAGCAAGCAGUCCUGAGGAAGCAGCAAGGUGGAUACAUUCCAUUCAAGAAGUAGCUUUAAAGGGUGGCCAGAAUGUUGUUGGUUGUUCGAAGAGCAGUUGGCAGUCCUUUAGAUUGAGUGGUUCCAGUCGUGUAAAUCACAACAAACCAAUAGACUGGACUCUUUGUUCUUUCACGCAUAGUGAUCCAGUGACAGAUGUUAUUGCACCUUCACCUUGGACAAUCUUUGGGUGUCAGAAUGGUUUACGUCUCUUUAAAGAAGCAAAAGACAGGGAUUCUCAUGGGAAGUGGGAUGAUCAUCCUGCAAUAAUGGCUGUAGGCGUGGUUGACGGAGCCUCAGAAGCCAUUUUCCAAACUCUUAUGUCACUUGGUCCUUCAAGAUCAGAAUGGGACUUCUGCUUCUACAAGGGCAGUGUAGUAGAGCACCUUGAUGGUCACACUGAUAUUGUUCACAAGAAGUUGUAUAAUGAUUGGUUGCCUUGGGGAAUGAAACGAAGAGAUUUUUUGUUGCGGCGUUACUGGAGGAGGGAAGAUGAUGGAACAUAUGUUAUUCUCUACCAUUCUGUGUUUCACAAGAAGUGUCCACCCCAGAAAGGCUAUGUUCGUGCCUGCCUUAAAAGUGGAGGAUAUGUCAUAUCUCCUGUGAACCAAGGGAAACGAUCUGUAGUAAAGCACAUGCUUGCUAUUGACUGGAAAUUCUGGAAAUCAUAUCUGCGAACUUCUUCAGCUCGAUCUAUUACCAUCCGGAUGCUUGGGAGAGUUGCUGCAUUGCGGGAGUUGUUCAGUGCAAAACUGGGAAAUUGUCCUUCAUCUGAUUUUUCAUCAGGAGAGUUGGCAAGAAAUAUUAAGCUGCAUCAGAUUGAAGAGGACAGGAAGGGAGAUGAUGGGAAAACUAAGGAAUAUCUAAGUGAAGAGGUAGAUAAGGCUCCUUCUGAAUCUGAACAUGCCAGUCUAGUAGGACUAAAUGAUGCUUCAGAUGAGUUUUUUGAUGUUCCAGAACCCUCAGACUGUGAACAUACAGAGAAUGGCUGGAGCUAUGAUUUUGGUCAUGAAAUAUACUCUCAGGACGUACGCCAACCUAAGUUGUCCACUGCUGCUAGUUUUGUGAAGAAAUUGCAUGAUCUGGCUGUUCAAAAGAGGGGUUAUGUGGACUUGCAAGAGAUGGCAAGGGAAGACAGUAUGUUGUGCUGCUAUGGAACUACUCUUCCAAAAGAUCCAACUUGUACUAUGCUUUCCAGUUGGACAGCAGCUGAUCCUUCUAGCUUUUUGAUCCGUGGAAAGAAUUACCUUGAAGACCAGAAGAAGGUUAAGGCAAAAGGCACUUUGAUGCAGAUGGUUGGUGCAGACUGGCUAAAAUCUGACAAACGAGAAGAUGACCUUGCAGGUCGUUCAGGGAGCAUUGUUCAAAAAUAUGCUGCGCAUGGUGGACCAGAGUUCUUCUUCAUUAUAAAUAUACAAGUCCCAGGUUCAACUACGUAUAGCCUUGCCCUAUACUAUAUGAUGACUACACCUUUGGAAGAUGCACCCUUGCUAGAGAGUUUUGUCAAGGGGGAUGAUACAUAUAGAAAUUCAAGGUUUAAGCUCAUACCUUACAUAUCUAAGGGUUCAUGGAUUGUUAAGCAGAGUGUGGGAAAGAAAGCAUGUUUGAUUGGUCAAGCACUGGAAAUUAAUUAUUUUCAUGGAACGAACUACCUGGAGCUUGGAGUCAACAUUGGGUCAUCAACAGUUGCGAGGGGCGUGGUCAGUCUUGUUCUCGGUUACCUCAGCAAUCUGGUGAUUGAGAUGGCAUUUUUGAUACAGGCAAAUACAGGAGAGAAGCUACCAGAGUAUCUUAUUGGAACCUGCAGGCUUAACCAUCUGGAUGCCUCCAAAGCAGUUUUAUUGAAUUCAUGAUUAUCUAUCAGUGUCAUAUUCAGUUCCUUAAGAGGGCUCAAGAAGCAUUUUCCUUGGAAACUAACUUUGAAAAUCAUUCUUUUAUUCAAGUAUUGGCCUCAACCCUGUAAUGCUGUAAAUACCAUUAGAGUUGAUAGCCAAUCUUUGUAAAGAUGCUAUUCGAAGUUAGAGCUCUUUCUUCAAUUUGGUUA